AUGACAGGUUCAGUUAGAGGUUUUAGUAACGUUAAGGGGACUGUGAUGGUCUUUAUUCAAACAAACAACCUCUACGUGCAACUCAGAGUGGAGGGAUGGCAGGGGAGUGUUUGUCCUGGGUGUUCAGAGCAGAAUUCACAUCUUUUUUGUCCUGUUUCUCUUCCCGUUCAGCAUCUCACAGCGCCCUCCUCCUCUGUCAUGGCGUUUGGCGGUGGCAGAUUUCGGUUUCAUCAGUCGGUGACGUCGACUUUCUGCUUCGUCAUGAUGAGGCCGGUCGGAGCUCGAGGCUUGUUGAUGAUGAGUCUUCUACACUGGGGGUCGCGACCCCUCAGUAAGGUGUCAGCAAAAGGUCAAAGGCUGACUGAAGUCCACAAGAUGAGUGUUUGUGUGGAGGAAGAGGAGGACAGAGCAGGGUCUCCAUUAUCCAGCUGUCUGUCUAUGAAGAGUGACCGAUCCAAAGAAUAUCCUCCUCCAGACUUCAGUAAUGAACCUGGACCCUCAGACACAAAAGAGAAGAAGAAGAGGAGGAGUGUUUCUGUGGAGGAACAGCUGUCCUGCUGUUCUUUGUGUCAGGAUGUCCUGAAGGAUCCAGUCUCUACCAGCUGUGGACACUGGUUCUGCAGACAGUGCAUCACCUCAUACUGGGACCAGUCUGCUUCACCAGGAGACUCCUCCUGUCCCCAGUGUGGAGAAAGAUCCAGAACAAGACAUGGACUGCGGACAGACAGUCAGACCAGCACUGUACAAAUGAAUGUUGCUCUCUGGGAGAUUUUAGAUGAACAUAAGAUCAGUCUGAGGAGGAGAUGUGAAUGUGUGACUGAGGGAGCUGAUGAAGCAGGAAGUGAAACCCUCCUCAACAGGAUCUACACUGAUCUCUACAUUACAGAGGGACAGAGUGAAAAGGUUAAUGUCCAACAUGAGGUGUGGCAGCUUGAGACAGCUACAAAGAUGGAUACCCUCCAUGACACUCCAAUCAAGUGCCACGACAUCUUUAAAGUCUUACCUGACCAACAGAAACACAUCAGAGUCGUGCUGACGAACGGCAUAGCUGGCACUGGAAAAACCUUCUCAGUGCAGAAGUUCACUCUGGACUGGGCAGAGGGCUUGGAAAACCAAGAUGUCAGUCUGGUGAUUCUGCUUUCGUUCAGGGAACUGAACUUGAUUAAAGAUGAGCAGUACAGUCUUCUCAUGCUGAUACAUGAUUUCCAUCCAACAUUACAGAAGGUCACAGCAGAGAAGCUAGCUGACAGUAAAGUUUUUUUCAUCUUUGACGGCCUAGAUGAAAGCAGACUUUCACUGGAUUUUAAGAACAGGAAGGUUGUGUCUGAUGUCACACAGAAGUCAUCAGUCAACGUGCUGUUGACAAACCUCAUUGAGGGGAAUCUGCUUCCUUCAGCUCUCGUCUGGAUAACUUCUCAACCUGCAGCAGCCAAUCAGAUCCCUCCUACAUGUGUUGACAGGGUAACAGAAGUACGAGGUUUCACUGACGCACAGAAGGAGGAGUACUUCAGGAGGAGAUUCAGUGAUGAAGAGCUGUCCAGCAGAAUCGUCUCACACAUCAAGACAACCAGGAGCUUCCACAUCAUGUGUCAAAUCCCAGUCUUCUGCUGGACCACUGCUACAGUUCUGGAGCACAUUUUAACUACAGACCAGAGAGGAGAGCUGCCCAAGACCCUGACUGACAUGUACUCACACUUCCUGCUGGUUCAGACAAAGAGGAGGAAGCACAAGUAUGAUGAGGAACAUGAGACAAGUCCAAAGGAGCUGACGGAGGCUGACAGGGAAGUUCUUCUAAAGCUGGGGAGGCUGGCAUUUGAACAUCUGGAGAAAGGAAACAUGUUCUACCGAGAAGACCUGGAGCAGUGUGGUCUUGAUGUCACAGAGGCCUCGUUGUUAUCAGGAGUUUGUACAGGGAUCCUCAAAAGAGAGCGUGUGAUCCUCCAGAAAACAGUCUACUGCUUUAUUCAUCUGAGUGUUCAGGAGUUUCUGGCCGCAGUCUACAUGCACCACUGUUACGCCAACAGCAUUACAGAGGUAUUGGAUGACUUCCUGGGAGAUGUGGAUGAUGAUGAUGAAUUAAUCUAUAAAGAUUAUGGUGAUGAAUUCUUUGAUGAUGAUGGAAUCACUGAUGAUGACGAUGAUGAUGGGGACAAUGACCAUUACAUAUCCCUAGAUGUCUUCCUGAGGAGAGCCAUGGAGAAAUCUCUCAGAAGUGAAAAUGGCCACCUGGACCUCUUUGUUCGCUUCCUUCAUGGCCUCUCUCUGGAGUCCAACCAGAGUCUCUUAGGAGGCCUGCUGGGUUGGACAGUGAACAGUCCAAAAGUCAUCCGGAAAGCCACCAACAAACUGAAGGAGAAGAAGACCCAAAUCUCUCCUGACAGAAGCAUCAACAUCUUGCACUGUCUGAUGGAGAUGAAUGACUACUCAGUGCAUCAGGAGAUCCAAGAGUUCCUGAAGUCAGAGAACAGAUCAGACAAGGAACUCUCUGAGAUCCACUGCUCAGCUCUGGCCUACAUGCUGCAGAUGUCAGAGGAGGUUCUGGAUGAGUUGGAUCUGAACAAGUACAACACAUCACAUGAGGGACAACUGAGACUGAUCCCUGCUGUGAGGAACUGCAGAAAGGCUGUGCUGAGUGGACUCUCAGGGACUCACUGUGAAAUUGUGGCCUCAGCUCUGAAGUCCAACCCCUCCCAUCUGAGAGAGCUGGAUCUGAGUAACACCAACCUUCAGGGUGCAGAGAUGAAGCUGCUGUCUGCUGGACUGGAGAAUCCACACUGUAGACUGGAGACUCUAAGAUUGAGAGACUGCAGUUUGUCAGAGAUCAGCUGUGCUUCUCUGGUCUCAGCUCUGAAGUCCAACCCUUGCCAUCUGAGAAAGCUGGAUCUGUCUAGAAACAAGCUACAGGAUUCAGGAGUGAAGCUGCUGUGUGAAUUUCUGGAGAGUCCACACUGUAGACUGAAGACUCUGGGAUUGAAUUCCUGCAGUUUGUCAGAAAUUAGCCAUGCUUCUCUGGUCUCAGCUCUGAAGUCCAACCCCUCCCAUUUGAGAGAGCUGGAUGUGAGCUACAACAAUGUGAAGGAUUCAGGAGUGAAGCUGCUGUGUGAUUUUCUGGAGAGUCCACACUGUAGACUGGAGACUCUGAGAUUUACUGACCCCAGUUUGUCAGGGAUCGGCUUUGCUUCUCUGGCCUCAGCUCUGAAGUCCAACCCCUCCCAUCUGAGAGAGCUAGAUCUGAUGCACAACAUGCUGCAGGAUUCAGGAGUGAAGUUGCUGUGUGGUUUUCUGGAGAGUCCACAAUGUAGACUGGAGACUCUGAGCUCUGAAGUCCAACCCCUCCCAUCUGAGAGAGCUGGAUCUGGGCUACAACAAGCUGCAGAAUUCAGGAGUUAAGCCGCUGUGUGAUUUUCUGGAGAGUCCACACUGUAGACUAGAGACUCUGAGGUCAGACGCCGUUUAUGUUACUUCUGUGCUCAGCUUAAACUGUAUGAUGUGGAUGUUGUGAUGACAUUAUACUGCAAACAUAGGGAUGGUGUUUAAGAGGUAAAAUCCCCUUCAGAUUUAGACAUUCAAAUGUUGUUUUCAAAUGUUUAAAUAAUAUUUAAUGAUUUUAAUGUUUGACAGCAUGUUUUAAACCAUAACACGUUUAAAACAUGCUGUCAAACAUUAAAAUCUUAGUUUUAAUGUCAAAAGUUUUAAUGAGGUUUGACCUCAUAGAUUUUAUCCUGAUCCAUACUGAGCACCUUGUUGAGCUUCAUAUUUAAAACAUAUUUAAUAUAACAUUAAGAAUCCAACACUGGCUGCUUCACCCUUACCUUCUUAAACAUUUGAUCUUCACCUUAAAUUUAACCUUAAUGUAAAUAUAAAUUUUAAAAAGACAUUCAUGUUUUUUUCUAAACCUUAAUGAUGAUAUGUGAUGUUUAUACUAACUGAAAAAUUAAAACUGAAGAUGACAUGAUUUUUACGGCUUCGUCAUUCCAUAAAAUAGAAAUAUUGUAGAUGUCUGGAGAAUAAAUAUGUUCACAUUUCUCUAAAAUCCAUCCUGUCAUAUGUGGUGUCUUUUAAAACUUUUGGAUCUUGAGUAGAAUCUGAAGUAAAUGUCAGUGUUUUUAACUUGCACUUGGCUGCACAACAUGAGUUUGUAUAGAUGGAGUCACUGGUGUAGCUGCAGAGUUGAAGAGGUGAAGUCACCACAUCUUUAUUGAAGUAACAGCAUGAUGUCAUUAAUAUUAAUGAGAGCUCUUUUUCACUGUUUGUAUUUGACAGUUUUUAACCUGCAUCCUGUUGGGUUCAGGUGUUUCAAGUUUCCAUUUUCUAAACUUCUCCAUUCUAAACCCUCUUCAGCCCUGAACACAUUAUGGAAUAUUGAAUGAUUUCAAGCAGGAACUUCGAUUUCUAAAGUGACAUCAUUUAUUC